CAAUCCAUCCGGGCGACAAGAAGAAGCAUUACCGGCUGUGCGAUUUUGUUAACAAGCAUAGCGUAUCGAUUUCUGUAUUAAAAGCAGUAAUAGGAGACCAUGCUUAAAUUGAAACUAGAAGCCCUGGGUCAUCCCACUCCCAACGAUGUAGCACUUAGCAAUCGCAAAGAAUUCGCUAGCACAAUCCUUUGGGUGGAAGACCAGAAAAUCCGACUAUAUACCAUUGAGGAUCGAGAAAAACUGCGUAACAUAGACAAUCCUACGAUGUGGGAGGAGGGCUACAUGAAGUACUGUGCGGAUCUCAACAUGCCGCCCUUGGAAACCCAACAGGAGCAGCUGUCCUGGAUUCUCAGUCACGCCGUGCGACUCGAGUUCCUAGACGAUCCUGCCCAGUUUGCUUCGAUCAACAGCAAGCAGGAUCCAACCCAAAGCAAUGGCAAACAGGCCCACCAGAAGGUCCAGUCCAUUUUCGACGGAAAGAUCAAUGUUCAGGAUAAGGCGUUUGUGGAUGGUGUGCGCCUGCUGGCCACCAAACUGGACGUGCCGCAUCACCCAAAUCACCUGCUACAAUUGGAGGCGGUUGCUCGGGUGGUGCAUGAACGUCUAUCGCCCGCCGCCAAGGGACGGCAGCCGAUUUUGGGCACACCAUUCCCAUUCGACACGGGAAACGACGUGGUUUCGUCCAAUGAUCCUGCCCUGGACCUACCCAUGCGCAUCCUGCGUCUUCUCCAGAUCCAGAGCCUGCGCCAGCUGCAGACACACAUUAACGAAACAAUUGUGGCGGUGCAGAAUAUCACGGCCAAUCCAAAGACUGACACCAAGUUGGGCAAGGUGGGAUUUUAGGAGUUUAAAAGCACGGGAAGCCAAUAAACAAGAUUGUAUAGGCCUAUUUAUCAAUUUUUACAGUGAAUAGAUCUGCUAAAGAUCCAAUAAUUUACAAUUCCGUGAGAUUCAUAUUAGUAAAGAACAAUUAUUGGUGUUUCUGUCAAGAAACCGCAUUUGUAAAAUUAUUACUGCUUUAAAUGAAUCAAUUAUAAAUCAUGUGAUCAAGAAGCAAGGAACAAGAGAAUUUGUAAUUUGUAAUUCGUAAUAAAUUAUGAUACAAAAAUCAAAGUAAACAUAAUAUGAAUUAGCUUACAAAUAUAAACUUGAACCAUAUGCAAUUCAUAAAAAUUUUGUUUUUAUUAUUUAGAAGAAAUAUUGUCAUAUAGGCCUAUAUAUAUCCUUGCUUAUUCAUUAAAAAAGGUUCAAGAUCCCUUGUCAUCUUAAACUAUUUGUAAACAUGAACUUAAAACCUGGAGGUAUUUAUUAAAAUUUUCCAAAAAACCGUAAA